CCUGGGGGGAGGCGGGAGAAGCAAGAGGAGGCGACCAGGCGAGAUCUCCCUAGACCAGGGCCGCCUGUCUGGGCUUGGGAAGCUGCGCGCGGCGCCUGGGGGGCUCCUUCUCGCGGCCGGCGGGCGGCGGCAGCGGCUGCGAUUCGCAGGCUCAAGAUCCGUUGCCCCGAGCUCCGCUGCCGGCGACUUACCUCCUGGCACCUUGAAGCGCGAGAGUCAGGGGAGCUCUGCAAAUAGCAGGAGGGAGUGGAUGCAAGGAGGUGGCGGUGAGAGGGCGAGAAGAGGAGAAAGGAAAGGAAAGAACCGAGCCCAGGAGCCGGACUGGCAGCCGCGGCGGGAGGAGCGACGGCUGCUGCGGAGGAGGCGGCGGCAGAGGGGCGGACGCCUGCGGCUGGGUAGCUGCGCGCUGCGCAGCGGUGGCGGGCAGCUGGCGGCUAUGCCGGCCCCGGGGCUGGACUGCUAAAUCCACCGGCGGACUCGAACUGGGAGGGGGCGCCAGCGCACCCAGGACACGGUGCCCCAAGGGACCCUGCUCUAAGCGGCAAACUGAAGCCCCCCCGCCUCUCUGGGCCAAACACAUCCCCGCAUCCGUUCGCAGCUGCCACCCCGGGUGUUCCAAAGGCUCCGGCAAAGAUCUGCGCCUCCCGGGUCUUCCUACCCGCCAACCCGACUGCUCCGCAACGCCACCUCUGGCCCCCGUCAGACUCCGCUCAGCAGUCGGCUUCAUCGAACUUGAUUUCUCACCUCCUCAACCCCAUCACCUCCAUCUCCUUUCCCCCGUCUCGCCUCCACCCCCCCAAUUUCCUCCUCCUCGCCCCUCAUUUCCACCCUCCUCCCCCUCCCCCGGCCACUUCGCUAACUUGUGGCUGUUGUGAUGCGUAUUCCCGUAGAUCCGAGCACCAGCCGGCGCUUCAGCCCCCCCUCCAGCAGCCUGCAGCCCGGCAAGAUGAGCGACGUGAGCCCGGUGGUGGCUGCGCAGCAGCAGCAGCAACAGCAGCAGCAGCAGCAACAGCAGCAGCAGCAGCAACAGCAGCAGCAGCAGGAGUUUUUUUUGGCGGCGGCAGCGGCGGCGGCGGCAGCGGCAGCAGCGGCCGCGGUACCCCGGUUGCGGCCGCCGCACGACAACCGCACCAUGGUGGAGAUCAUCGCUGACCACCCGGCCGAGCUAGUCCGCACCGACAGCCCCAACUUCCUGUGCUCCGUGCUGCCUUCGCACUGGCGCUGCAACAAGACCCUGCCCGUGGCCUUCAAGGUAGUAGCCCUUGGAGAGGUACCAGAUGGAACUGUGGUUACUGUCAUGGCGGGUAAUGAUGAAAAUUAUUCUGCCGAGCUCCGAAAUGCCUCUGCUGUUAUGAAAAACCAAGUAGCAAGGUUCAACGAUCUGAGAUUUGUGGGACGGAGUGGACGAGGAAAGAGUUUCACCUUGACCAUAACUGUCUUCACAAAUCCUCCCCAAGUAGCCACCUAUCACAGAGCUAUUAAAGUUACAGUGGAUGGACCCCGGGAACCCAGAAGGCACAGACAGAAGCUUGAUGACUCUAAACCUAGUUUGUUCUCUGACCGCCUCAGUGAUUUAGGGCGCAUUCCUCAUCCCAGUAUGAGAGUAGGUGUCCCGCCUCAGAACCCACGGCCCUCCCUGAACUCUGCACCAAGUCCUUUUAAUCCACAAGGACAGAGUCAGAUUACAGACCCCAGGCAGGCACAAUCUUCCCCACCGUGGUCUUAUGACCAGUCUUACCCCUCCUACCUGAGCCAGAUGACGUCCCCGUCCAUUCACUCUACCACCCCGCUGUCUUCCACGCGGGGCACUGGGCUUCCUGCCAUCACCGACGUGCCCAGGCGCAUUUCAGAUGAUGACACUGCCACCUCUGACUUCUGCCUCUGGCCUUCCACUCUCAGUAAGAAGAGCCAGGCAGGUGCUUCAGAACUGGGCCCUUUUUCAGACCCCAGGCAGUUCCCCAGCAUUUCAUCCCUCACUGAGAGCCGCUUCUCCAACCCACGAAUGCACUAUCCAGCCACCUUUACUUACACCCCGCCAGUCACCUCAGGCAUGUCCCUCGGUAUGUCCGCCACCACUCACUACCACACCUACCUGCCACCACCCUACCCCGGCUCUUCCCAAAGCCAGAGCGGACCCUUCCAGACCAGCAGCACUCCAUAUCUCUACUAUGGCACUUCAUCAGGAUCUUAUCAGUUCCCCAUGGUGCCGGGGGGAGACCGGUCUCCUUCCAGAAUGCUUCCGCCAUGCACCACCACCUCGAAUGGCAGCACGCUAUUAAAUCCAAAUUUGCCUAACCAGAAUGAUGGUGUUGACGCUGAUGGAAGCCACAGCAGUUCCCCAACUGUUUUGAAUUCUAGUGGCAGAAUGGAUGAAUCUGUUUGGCGACCAUAUUGAAAUUCCUCAGCGGUGGCCCAGCGGUAUCUGGGAGCCACAACCCAAAUGUAUCAAUAUAUACAUAUAUAGAGAGAGUGCAUAUAUAUGUAUAUCAAUUAGCUAUCUACAAAGUGCCUACUUUUUAGAAGAUUUUUUCAUUCACUCAGUCAUGAGUUUGCAACCAUAGAGGGUUGAUAAUCGAGAAGCAAAAGGCCCAAGAGAGAUGAUCCUAAUCAGGUUUCAGCUGGUUUUCUAUUUUUCUUUAAAUAGAAAAAAAUGUACUUUCACAAACAAAGGGAAAAGAUAUUUUUGUUGCUGUUGUUGUUUGGCUUAUUAUAAAUAACGUUUCAUAUGCCAAUUCAGAGAGGUGGACUCCAGGUUCAGGAGGAAGAAGAGCAAAGCCGCUUCCUCUCUGUGCUUUGAAACCACACAUCCUCACGGUUGCAGCUGUGUAUGGACCAGUGCACUUUGCAGACCAGCUUACAAAGCCAGUCGAGGUGCACGUAAAGGGAAAAGAGGUAGAAUGGAAGCUUCCAUUACAGUAUCACUGUUCCAAACUUUGCUUUCAGACUUGCUGCAAGUACUCAUUUGAACUGUUUGGUUCAGUUUUUUUUCUCCCUACUUUAAGAAAGUGACUUCAAAAGUACUGAUCAGGAUAGGUUAUUUUAUUUUACUUUUUAAUGCUUUUUCCUCCCUUUUCCCAUUUAACUAAAAAGAAAGACCAUCCCAAACCCCUCUUCUCCUUUUAUGCAAAACUGAAAAUGGCAAUAUCUUAUUAUAGCCAUAAUGGUAUAGAUAGUGUUUGUGUUUGGCUGUGUGUUAUUUGUUUCUUUUUUUUUUUAAAUUAUGAAUAUGUGUAAAAUCUGAGGUAACUUGCUAAGUGAAUGGUCAUAUAACUUUAAAGAUAUAUUUAUAAUUAUUUAAUGACAUUUGGACCCUUGAAACAUUUCUUAGUGUAUUGAUAUGUUGACUUCGGUCUCUAAAAGUGCUCUUUAUUAAAUAACAAAUUUCUUCAGUGGGCUAGAGCCAUACCUGGAAUAUUGCUAAGCAAUCAGUUCAUCCAGGCACAAUGUGAUUUUUAAAAAUACUUCCAUCUCCAAAUAUUUUAGAUGUAGCUUGUUUUUGUAUGAAGGAAAUGUUAUGCUUAGUUCUUUCAGAUCUUUGACUGCCUCUAACACAGCUUUGCCUUUUAAAGCAAUAAUUAGGGAUUAAAAAAAUAACUCUUAGCUCUUUAUCACUUAUGUUGCCCUUUAUCAGCAUAAAAUGCUGGAAUUAUGUGAUUUCCUCAUUUCUUUCAAAUAACAAUGACUUGUCUUAUUAAAAAGACAAGGGAAUCUUUGAACUGCGGAAAAAUGUUCUGUGGUUUCACAGUUAAAGCAGAACCCUAAAUCGCCAGGCUUCAUAGUGAAGAUGUAGUGAGCUGAAAGCCACACGUGUGGCCAAAGGAUCAAUCACGAUAUACAUAGCACAGGAAAGCAAAAUUGCACCAGAGAUUCUUAACCAACCUGCCUUACCAAACAGUAGGCCUGGGGAACCCAAAUUUGCCGUACCCAAGGGCCUGCUGGCAGCUCUCCACAGAUUUUGCAUUUAAAGGAGCAGAAUUAAGUCAUUGUCUUAUGGGAGCAGAGUCAUCUGAAAUAGCAGGCAAGUUCCAGCAGAUAGCUGAUCUGGGAGAACAUACAGCCUGUGACAUCCCAUAUACAACCUUAGACAGUCAUAUUUCUCACGGUGGAGGAAAAGGAAAGGCAAAGCUAUGUGGAGUUUGGUGUCUACUACCGUGUAUGAAUUUGAGCUAAAGCCCUCCUAUAGGAUGCACUUUGACCACUCCUGGUGGCCACAUGGCAAAUUCUCAAGUGUGAAGUUUUAAUCUAAACCAGGAUUAUUUCACGACACCACCAGGCAAAUCCCUGCCCUCCUCCUCCACAGGUCAAGGGCCCUUCAUUUGAAUUCUGUGCCCCAUAUCCCCAAGAAGAACUUUGUAGAGAUUUGCCUCCAUCCCCCACAAGCCCCUUGCUCUCUUUAGUCAUUCUCAUGCCCACCUUUCUAGGCCACCAAGCAUUGCAGGACAGCUUGUGGGGCAGUUGGACCUGUGCUUCUUGCCUGGGAGUCCCUGUUAGAAUUCAUCCUGACUCUUAAUAAAAAUUGAGGGGAAACUAAACCAAAACAAAACACUUUGCCUUCUAAAGGUUGUA